AUGCUGUCGGAGCUGAGUGAGUGGUUCUGGCAGGAGCGGCUGUGGUUUCCAGAAGGCCUGGGCUGGGCAGACCUAGAGGACCGGGACGGCCGAGUGUAUGCCAAAGCAACAGAUCUGUGGGUGGCCCUGCCCAUCGCCCUAUUAUUCCUAAUUGUCCGUCAGGUCUUUGAAAGGACGGUGGCGACGCCUCUGGCCUCUUUACUCGGGGUAAAAGAAACAGUACGGCUCAGGGUGCCUAAUAACCCCACACUGGAGUCCUAUUACUGUAAUGUUUCCAAAAAUCCCACACAGGUUUCAGUAGUGAGUCUUUGCAAGCAGACGGGUUCCUCAGAAAGACAAGUGCAACGAUGGUUUAGAAGACGGAGAAAUCAGGACAGGCCGAGUUUACUGAAAAAGUUUCGAGAGGCCAGUUGGCGAUUUACUUUUUACCUUCUUGCUUUUAUUGCUGGCCUGGCAGCCCUCAUUGACAAACCUUGGCUCUAUGACGUGCAGGAGAUGUGGCAAGGCUUUCCUGUGCUGACUCUGCUACCAUCUCAGUACUGGUACUACAUGAUCGAACUGGGUUUCUACGGCUCCCUACUCUUCAGCGUGGCCUCCGAUGUCAAACGCAAAGACUUCAAGGAACAAAUAGUCCACCAUGUUGCAACUAUCCUCCUCAUCAGCUUCUCUUGGUGUGUCAACUACAUCCGUGCUGGAACACUCAUCAUGCUGGUGCAUGACUCCUCCGAUUACCUCCUUGAGUCUGCCAAGAUGUUCAACUAUGCUGGCUGGCGAAAUGCGUGCAACUACAUCUUCAUCGUAUUCGCCGCAGUCUUCAUCGUCACUCGCCUCGUCAUCUUCCCCUUCCGAAUUAUCUACUGUACAUGGGUGUAUCCAGUAACCAUCUACGAGCCCUUUUUUGGCUACUACUUCUUCAACGGCCUUUUGAUGGUGCUGCAGUGUCUUCACAUCUUCUGGGCCAUUCUCAUCAUAAGGAUAGCUGUCCGCUUCCUCACACACAAUGAAAAAGUGGAUGAUGAAAGGAGUGACAAGGACGAGACAGACGAUUCCGAAGAGGAGGAGGAAGAGGAGGACAUUAAAAAGGUCACCAAGAAAAAUGGGCCGCUGCAGAACGGUCACGUAGUGCACAAUAACAACCACAGCAAAGUGGAAUGA